AGUGCAUGUUUUUGUUUAUAACUAAUCAAUCGAUGGUGUUAAUUGAUAGCCAAUACAGUGAAGUUUAAUUAAGUGCCGAAAUGAUUCUCAAUAUUUUGUGGUUGCUUCCAGUUUUCUUCUUAAGUAAUGCGCAGAUAAUAGUGAAUACAACAAAUGGCGUUAUACAGGGAAGAGUAGAAUAUUCACAACGUGGUAUAAAAUUUUAUGCUUUCCAGCAAAUUCCAUAUGCAAAACCUCCUGUGGGACCAUUGCGGUUCAAGGCUCCCGUACCUGUUGAUAAUUGGGAGGGUGUAUACGAUGCUACACAAGACAACAAAAUAUGUUUCCAGCAAAGUGACUCCUCCAGCUCAUUGGAAACUGAAGACUGCUUAUAUGUCAAUGUGUAUACUCCAGUAUAUCCACCUCCAAUUGAAAAACUUCCAGUAAUGGUUUGGAUUCAUGGUGGUGGUUUUGUUAACGGAGGUGCAAAUUUUAAUUCUUUUGGACCACACUAUUGGAUGGAGCACAAUGUAAUCAUAGUUACAAUUGCAUAUAGACUCACUGCUUUUGGUUUUCUAACAACUGGAGAUACAGUUAUUCCAGGAAAUAAUGGCUUGAAGGAUCAAAAUCUUGCCUUACGAUGGGUUCAGGUUAAUAUUGAAUCAUUUGGAGGUGAUGUAGAUAAAGUUACAAUCUUCGGACAAAGUGCUGGAGCCGCUUCAGUUCAAUAUCAUUUGAUGAGUGAAAAAUCAAGAGGUCUAUUUAGGGCAGCAAUAUCUCUUAGUGGGUCAAAUUUAUGUCCUUGGGGUUUCCAAAGGAACUAUAAAUUUAUUGCUUAUCAUUUAGCUUCCAUUUUAAACCCAUAUUUUGAUGUAAGUUCAAGUUCUGAAGAGUUAUUGGAAUUUUUGCAGAGCGUACCCGCUGAAGAUAUUAAAGCAGCGACACGAAAAUUUCCGAAAGAAUGGUACGAUUGGGAAAUAAUAAAUGGAUAUCUAUUUACUCCUGUAAUAGAAACUGAACACGAAGAUGCAUUUAUAACAAAGAGAAUGUAUGAUGUUAUUGAAAGUGGUGAUAUGUACCGAGUUCCAGUCAUCAUGGGAAUAACUUCGGAAGAAUUGGUUUGGAAUGCUUUGGAUGUGGAAUCAUUCUACUGGACGGCGACUUGGUUGGAUAGCAAUCUCACUCUUCUUGUUAAUGACAAUAUGAGAAUAAAUGAUACCGAUGAAAAAAUGGAAAUAGGCGAAUCCAUACGAAGAAUUUAUACAGAGGAUUUAUUCCAAAAUUAUCUUGGAGGUGCUGUACAAUUUUACAGUGAUACGGCUUUUGGAAGAGCCAUCAUACAACAUGCCAAAUUACAAUCACAAUUUAGUGAUGUAUAUUUCUAUCAGUUCUCAUACACAGGUACUCUGCCAGGGGUACGUCCCUAUAUAGAAGGGGCUUAUAACGUAGCGCACGGCGAUGAUAUCAAUUAUGUAUGGGUUUAUGGUAACAACUCAAAUUUAGACUCAUACCCUAAAAGUGAUGUUUUACAAAGCGAAAGGUACAGGAUAUUGUUGAGCAACUUUGCUAAAACAUUGAACCCAGUUUCUUAUAACACUGACAUUUUGGGAAUAUCAUGGUGGCCUACAUUGAAGCCCGAUGAUUUUCAAUAUUUGGAUAUGAACGAUACAUUGAGUAUUGAGAAAGACUUGAAAAAAGAUACCCAUGAAGGUUGGGUUGAUGUGUAUGAAACUUAUGCUACCAAACCUUAUGAUACAUAUAUAAUGAUUUUGAAUAUUAUAUAUUUUUUGUUAACAAUUUUGUUAUCUACAAAUGGAGAAAUAUUGGUAACUACGCCUAAUGGAGCUGUUCAAGGAAGACAGGAAUACUCUCAGAGAGGAAUAUCGUUCUAUGCGUUCCAACAAAUUCCUUACGCAAAACCGCCAGUUGGAAAUUUCAGAUUCAAAGAACCAGAACCGGUAGAACCAUGGGAAGGUAUUCUUAAUGCAACUUACAACGAUAAAUUCUGUUUUCAACAAACUAAUCAGUUCUCUAUCGACAUAUCAUUACUUGAAAAUGAAGAUUGUCUAUACUUAAACGUCUACUCCCCAAUAUAUCCAUCCGAAAACAACUUACUUCCUGUUAUGGUGAAUAUUUACGGUGGUGGGUUUGUGAAUGGAGCAGCCAAUUUUGAUUUUCAUGGUCCCCAUUAUUUGAUGGAACAUGAUAUUAUUGUUGUAACGUUAAACUACAGAGUUGGUCCUUUUGGAUUCCUAUCAACUGGAGAUACGGUGAUUCCCGGCAACUAUGGUUUGAAAGAUCAGCAGCUUGCUUUGAAAUGGGUACAAGAUAACAUUCUGUAUUUUGGUGGCGAUAGAACCAAGGUUACUAUUUUUGGACAAAGUGCCGGUGGAGCUUCUGUAACGUAUCAAUUAAUGAGUGAAAAAUCUAAAGGAUUAUUUAGAGCUGGUAUCUCACAAAGCGGAUCUCUACUUUGCCCUUGGGGUUUCCAAAGAGACCACACCAAUAUCGCAUAUAGGCUGGCUUCCUUAAUAGACCCUACGUUUGAUCUUAAUUCGAGUUCCGAAGAAUUGCUGCAAUUACUCCAAAGUAUUCCUGCAAAACAACUAAAUGACAUUUCUAAAGCUAUGUAUACACAAAAUGAGAUAUACAAUCAGAUAAUUCAAGGUUAUCAAUUUACACCAGUCAUUGAGCCCGAACAUGAGAAUGCAUUUAUCACCGAAAGGAUGUACGACGCUCUUGUGGAUGGAAAGCUACAGAGAGUACCUCUGAUUAUGGGUAUUUGUUCGGAGGAAAUGAUUUGGGACGCUUUAGAUCCCGAUGGUUUUGUGUGGACAGCUAGAAAUUUAGAUAACAACCUCACUCUGCUUGUGAACGAUAACAUGCAUUUGACAGAGGAAUCUGAAAAAGAAAAAGCAGGUGCAGAAAUAAGAAAAAUCUAUACUAAUGGACUAUUUCAAGAUGAAAUCGGCAAAGCAGUCGAAUUUUUCAGUGAUAUGUCAUUUGGAAGAUCUGUAAUCCAUCACGCUAAGCAACAAUCUAGGUUUAGUGACGUAUAUUUCUACCGAUUUUCUUAUUAUGGUACUAUUCCUGGAGUUCGUCCUUAUAUUGAAGGUGCUUAUAAAGUUGCUCAUUCUGAUGAUGAGAAUUACAUUUGGGUAUCUUCAAAUAACUCCAAUUUGAAUACAUUUCCACAAGGAGAUAUUACAACAAGCGAAAGAUACAUAACAUUAUUCACAAAUUUUGCAAAAUAUCUAGAUCCAAUAGCAAAUGACAGUGAUCUAUUGGGUAUCACUUCAUGGCCGAAAGUAACACCAGAUAAUUUCCAGUUUGUAGAUAUUAAUGAAACAUUGACAAUACAAAAAGAUCUUAAAGAUCAAGUUUAUAACGGUUGGGUUAACGUUUACGAAACUUAUGCUGUUAAACCUUUCGAUACUUUUUGAAUAUUAUGAUAACAUGAAAUAAAAUUGUACAAA